AUGUCGACUUCCAUCAAACAUCUGGUAAAUGCUCAAAAGCCACGGGAGUUGCCGUUGCGUAUCGCGAUAGACGGCCCGACAGGCAGCACGGCAGUUUUAUCGACCACGGCCACCGCUACUCUAGACCUGGGCGCCGCCGCCAGGUUCGAAGAUACCACCUCACCCGUCCGUCUUCCAAUCGAUGUGCCUCUAUGGCACAGGAUGGGAUACGUCGGCUCAGUGACGCCAAAGAGUCAAUUUGCUGCCUUCUUCAGAGAGGCCUCGCAGCCCGUGAACCCAUGUCUCCUGCGAGAGCUCCUUGCCGUGGCGCUCUCAGAGCGGCAGGAGCUACAGCGGCGAGGAGAGGAACCAACGUGGCCGCGAGACGAUUCAGGGGUUUGGUACAACGGCAGCCCUCCGCCCGAAUUUUGGGAGACCGACCCUGAGGAUUCGCCGACGGCGCUCCCGCUCCUCGACCAGUCCAAGUCGGAGUCAAACUCGCCGCCAGAACUCCCAACGCCGACAGUUUUCAAGCAAACGUGGGCGUUGCCACGAAAGCGAACAUACGACCAACUUGUGCCCGAUGAUGACUAUGGCGGCCGAGACAGGGUAGCUGAGCCGGAGCGUAGGAUAGUCGAUGCACACGGUGCAAGGAAGCGCCGAAGGGUUGGAGCGGCGGCGGGCUGUUGA